GGACAUGUUAAACACCCACGUUCUUGACGAGUCUAGGAACGUAACACGCCUGGCUACUACCAUGGCUACCCACGUCGAUGUCUCACGCUGAAGCAACGCAAGAGACUAUCAGCCUCUCUUCCCGCGCCGCGACGCUCGAUGCCACAAGGUUGGAACACGGAUAGAAACUCGGCUAUCUUUUUAGAAUGGUGCGAAGGGAACAACGUCAUCAUAGAUGACAGGCUCCAAUUGCGCACCGGGCACGGUCUGACAGCCGCAGAACAAAGGCAAGCUGAGGGCGACCAUUCUUCAGAUGCAUGGGGGUUUGCUGUAUCGGAAGAUCACGGUAUUAUCGAAGCCGAUGCCUUCCUGAUGGUAUGUCCCAAGGGAUCUCUACUCUCCGUCCGCACAUCUGAACUCUUCACACGUCUAGGAAGCGCGUGCAACGUCUUCUCAUCAGAGUCCAUCAAAGGCCUCAACCUAGCGCUAUGCCUCUUGUUCGAAUACCUUCUCGGGCCUAACUCGCGAUUCUGGGGCUACCUCCAGAGCCUACCUGAUGCGGUGAACCUACCGUACUUUUGGUCGGAGGGCGACGAAAGGCGACAUGCGCUAGCCGGGACAGAGGCGGAGCGGCUGCUACAGCGCGCAAAGGGGAUGGAAACCGAAAUCUCUGCCAACGUUUUAAAAGAGUUCCUCCAGAACCAGGGGAUGUCUCUAAUAUCUCGAGCUCUGACAUGGUCUGACGCCGCUAACAGCUCUCACGACGCACCUCGGUGCUUCAAACUGCGAGAACUUCACAGGUACAAGGGUGAAUGUCGUUCCAACCUCACGCAGGUGCUUCACCUCACCUUCCAAAAUGCAUUCUCCCUCGUCUCCUCACGCGCCUUUGUCGUCGAUCUCUACCAUGGAAUGUCCAUGUGCCCCGUCGCUGACAUCUUCGACCAUGCCGAGGACCACCAUGCGCAUUUCGAGUCCGAAGACGCUGUAUGCCAGCACUGCGGAAGACUCGCAGCUCGGGGAUGCAAGCAUGCCCUUGAACCCCUGCUGUCAGCGUCUCUGCCGCCGCAGCAACCGUCGCUACCCUCCGAGUACCUACCGCUACAGUUGUACGACGACCCUGUCGUCAUCCGCGCUGUGCGGCCCAUUGGCGCUGGAGAGCACGUCUUCAACACCUACGGCCGCCUAAGCAACGCCGAGCUGCUCCUGCGUUACGGCUUUGCGCUGGACAUUGCCACAGAAUUCGAUCGCUCCACCUGGAACCCACAGCAAGAUGCCGAAAUGCUUCAGCUCGGCGCCGCGUUCGAGUGCGAAGAGAUAGGAGCAUUGCAUCGUGCACUUACGAUCGCUUGCAAUGUACCCGUCACUUCAGCGGAGGCAGCGUGUGAUACGCUCUUCCACGAGAUAAUUGAGAGUGAUUCGGGCUCAACUGCCGUGGUAGCCAUCGAUGCUGAAGGACGAGCGAGCAUCCAACUAUGGCGCUUAGCCCUGGUGCUGGCAAGCGGCAAGGCACAAGAUGUCGAUGAAUUUUUCUUUCAUCACGCCGCCAUCAGCCUCUUGCGCAAUGCUACCGACACCAGUGUCAAUGCAGAUGACAUCGGGGACUUUGGAGUAGGGAAUUCGGCGCAUCGUGCCAGCAUGCGACUGUGUACUCUCUUCCGCCGCCGCAUUGAAGGGUUGCAGGUACGGAAUGCUAUCGAGGAAGAGGCGGCGUUUGACAUGAUGGAGAAGUCGUCGGACGCAACACUCGUCGCUGUCCUUCGCCACGCGCAGCAAGAGUACUAUGCGCUUAAGACUGCCUACGAAAGAUUCAAUCACAGUAACUUUUACAAUUGACUCGUGAGCAUGAAGCGCAGCAUGGCGUGAGCCAAGAAUGAUUUAAGAAAAGGGUAUGACAAUUGUGGAAAAUACAUGAUACAAAUUGGCGGACCUUUAUUUGGUGCUGCUGAAGCUGCAAAUGAAUGCGGAGAAUGUGUUCUAGGCUUAGGCGAGAAAUUGCAGACAGUCCCGCGCGUAGCUGGGGAGGUCAUGCAUGGAGAAAAAUGGUUAUUGCAUGUGGCGUCAGAUGGUUUGUGCCGGGAGUGCGUCAUUCUUUGCGACCUGGAAGGAAGGCCCAUGCGGUACCUGUAGCUGCUGCGACGAGCGAGACAAAGAGGAUGAAGAUAUCAAC